AUGGAUAUACUUAUGACUUCCAGUAACGAACAUUCAUGUUCAAGUAGUACUGCAAAACAUAAAUUUAUGGAAACAACUAGGAAACAUUCUAAUUACCAAGAUGAUGAAACAGCUUCAUCUUCCUCCUCCAAUUCAGAAGGAGGUUUUACAGAGGAUAACGAACACCAAAACACAAUUGAUAAAUUAUCAUUUCAAAAAAAUAAAGACAUAAUGGUGUCUUUGGCAAAUGAAUUGGGAGGUAAUGUAAAUGGGCAUUUUGAUUUAUCAACAACAAAUCCUGAAUUUUUGGCUUUAUUAACAAAGUCAUUUGUUGAGAAUAAGGAUAUUUCUUCAAGUACAGGACAACAACAACAACAAACACCAUUGACAACUAUACUUACUGCCAAUAAUGGGAAGACGGGAGUUAUAAAUAAUAAUAAUAUUAAAGAUAUAGAUUGCCUUAUGAAACCAUCAUCUAAUAGUAGUAAUAGCCAUCAAUUGGUAUUAGGUAUAAUUGGUGAUGAUACAAGUUCUAAUGGUAGUAUAGAAGGAACAGAAAAUUUAGAAUCAAAUGAUGGUGGUAAUCGUUCCUCACCCUCUGAUGAUUAUCAUCAAAUAAAUAAUCAUGAAAGUAGAGGAAGUAGUCAACAACCAGAUGGUUCUAUACUUCAAGGAAAUGGUUUAAAACAAAUUGUUAAUGGUACAUCACCAUGGAUGAGAUCUGCUGGAAGAAAAAAAACUCAUCCUGUUUGGCAAUUCUUUAAAGAUCUUAAAGAUUGUGGUCUCGAUGAAAAUGGCGUCAUCUGCUUAAAUUGUGAUUGGAAGGGAGAUGAUAAAAGUCCCAAUAACCUUAAGACUCACCUUAAACGAUGUCAUGAACAUGAUGGUAUUUAUGAAAAAUUUACUCAAGCUCUUGCUAAGUAUAAUUAA